AAAUCCUGAGGUGAUCCACUGUCAUUGCUUUAUGAUCAACUUUAUCGGAGCAGAGAUAUCUGUUCCGACUUUACACUUGUCCACGGUCAAGUACAUAAGCUACUCUAGAGAUGGAGAAGACAACGUUUUGCCACCAUUUUGCGCCAUUAUCAUCCUAUUUUUAUUUGCUGUCAUGUUCUUUUGGGCUCGGAACAAAGAAAAGUAUGAACACGUCAGGGACAAUGUGAUAGUUCUGGAAGACAACUUCCCCGGGGAAGAGUGGGCCUACCUGGUGGGGGUUUACACGGGAUGUCGGUUCUCCUCCGGGACCUCCUCGAGAGUGGGGAUACGGCUGAUGGGGACUUCAUCGUGCAGCAGAGCUCAUGUACUUAGAUGUAGCAGAAAGAAAACACUGCAAACGUACACAGAUGAUUGGUUUAUACUUUACACCACAAAACACCUGGGUGACAUCAAAACUUUACAUAUCUGGUUGGACUAUACUGGAAGAAGUCCAUCAUGGUACUGCCGCAAGAUCGUGGUGUACGAUUGGGCUGCCCAGAAGACAUAUUUGUUCCGCCUAGGAGUGUGGUUCUACAUUGAACGAGCACGCUACCUUGUGGAACUCCAUAUGUUGCCACAACCGCCUCAACCUCCUCCUGUGUACUCUUUACUGAUGGAUAACUUCGCGUGGAGCUUCCAAGAGUGGAAUUACACGAUCGGAAUAACCCAUCAUCAUCCCCGUAGCUUCGUCAGUCUGACAGAAAAAGUGGCCGCAUUCUGGGCAGGAUUUUCGUCUGUUGCUCUGUUGCUGAUGCUUUACUACAAAUAUGAUGGCGGUGUUGAGGACUAUUAUUUCUACAGUUUUCGUCUGAAGGACUUAUUCAUAGCAUCAGUCACCUACAUCCCAUCAGUGUUCGUUAUGGUAGUAGUCCAGUUACUGUUCAAGAAAAAGAUUAAUCUUCUGACAACUCACAAGAACAUGUGGAACGAAAUGGCGAAGAGAUUACACCAACUGGAGCAUAAUUAUGGGAAAGCAACACGAAACAUUGGCUUUAAAGCAAAAAAGGAAAUGAGUGGGAAACCAUCCGGUAUGAAGGAAACCAAUACAGAGGAGUGGGAACACAAAGAGGCAGAAACAAUAUACAAGUCUGAACAACUACCACUCAGCAUUUUUGAUGAAUCGCUUCGCCACGUCCACGUCCACAGGAGGCAGCUAUACACUGCGUGGACCAUAGUUCUGAUGGCUAUAGGUGGUUUUUGCUUUUUAAUAAUGCUGGAGGGGGUGAGGAUGGCGCCUGUUAAGAGCUAUGUUUGGCUCUCCACCCUGUUCUUGGCCAACUUCGUAGGUCUCGCCAUCUUCAACUCGCUGUACAUCGUCAUUCGAAUUCUGAUUGCAACUUUUUACUUCAAGAGACAAUGUGAUGAUCCAGCAAUUGAGGUGGACCCCAGUCUAGGUAUGAGACUAGACCUCGUGGGAAACCAGGAGUACUUGGACAAACUCCGGAUUCUGCGAGCCGGAUCUGCAUAUCGACCUUUGAGGCAUUCCCAAAUUAUAGAAAGAAAAAUUAAAGUUGAAAAGUGGCUGUUUUUGAAACUUAUCCUAGAGUUUCUUUUUAUUUUGCUCAUUUGCAAUUUGGUCUUCUUCAACGCAAUGAACAGAUGGUCGGAAUCAGACUUUUACACUUCGCAACAUCUCAGUAGUCUCAUUGAAGAUGAUGUUGCAAGUCUGACUCGUCUCAGAAGUUUAGAAGGAUUUUUCAAGCAUGCAUUAAGCUCUGUUUUUACCAAGACAGACUGGUAUAACACAAAGCCUAUCUCUGAAGCAGGAGACAGAUAUGAAACGUCAGGCUGGUUAUCAGACUACGCAUCAAGGAUGAUUGGUGUGGUCCAGUUACGCCAAAAACGAUCACUCACAGUGAACUGCAUGCCGAAACUUUUGAGGGAUUUAUUCCCCCAUUGGAUAUGUGUGCCGAUGUUGAGCCAAGAAACAGAGGAUGUGAAUGACUACGACGUCGGGUGGAGCAUUCCCACGGAGGAUAUUUCCAAAACAUUAAUGUCACCUUGGAUCUACCAGUCUAAAACAGUGAAAUCAGCUGCCCAUUAUGGAUUGAACGGGUUCCAUUAUUCGUCAGGCGGAUACGUUGUGAACCUCGGACAGGAUCAAUUAAAGACACUCAAGGUUUUGGGGAAGAUGGAAGAUGGUGGCUGGAUUUCCCAGCUGACUCAGGUGGUCUUCAUCGACAGUUGUGUCUUCAAUCCAAACAGUGGUAAACUAAGUGUCAUCUCCACUUGUCUCCAGAUCAGGCCGACUACUGGCAUCGAUCAUCACAUCCAGAUACUGAGUGCCUCAGUAGUCUACGAUGACAUCAGCCAGUUUGUAUUUUGGACUUUUGUCUUUGUUACUCUCACCAUAUACUUCAUCACCUUAUGUAUAUCGAUCAUCCAAAACGGUACAAUUUUCUUUGCCUCCUUCUGGAACUGGCUGGACCUGGCCAUAGUAUUCCUGUCUGCUGCAUGUUUCUCGUGCAGUAUGGCUGACGUCCUGUCCAUGAUAUUCAGCCUACAAGACCAGUUGGACACAGGUCGGGAGGACUUCUUCACCCUCGGCUGGUUGGGAUAUCACGACAACAUCUACAAGUCCAUAUACAUCCUGCUAGUGAUGUGCUGUUCCACGAGGCUGUUCAAACACCUAGUGAUCACACUACAGGUGGUGCCCAUCCUCCGCACUCUCCGGGCUGUCUGCGUUCCCAUCUACAAGAUCCUAAUUCUUGUACUACCCAUUCUCUACCUACAGUUCAAAGUCUUAGAGGUUCUUCUGUUCAAUCCACAACUGACCAUAGGCAGGUUCCCGCUCGUCAACGAGGUCGGACUGGAAAGAUACGCUGAACAGUUCGUCUUCCCGCAGAAAAAGUUUGUGCCCUUCCUGUACUGUCAGUUUUGUACAAUUGUUAUAGUGAUCUUCACCGUUCUCAUCGCUUACCACUACAGGAUAGAACGGAAUCGACUCACUCCCAACCACCACGACCAUGACAUUGUUCAGGUCCUGGGGAGGAAAAUCUGCAGGCAAACAAGAAGAUUAAGAGGAGGUUCUGAUUUAUCUGGCAAUUCUCCGACAUCCUGUAGCAGCAAGAGAAAUGAUUUUCAAGAUAACCUACGUUACUCCAUUGAUUUUGCGAAAAGUGGCUCUGAUUUCAGUUUUUUUCCACCUGACCGAAAAGAAAGAGUGGACACUGAACUGCUGAAAAGUAUUGAUGAAAAAUUGGACAAAAUACUACAUUCUCUGAGAUUACUAGAGGCUAACUCGUAAUACUUUCAUUGGCUAUAAAUAGAAUUUAUAUAUGUACGUUGUUUAUGAAGCUAUUUUAAAAACCUGAUAUCAUGCCAUAUUCUAUCUCUUAUAUUUUAACAUAAUUUAAAUGACUAUGCUUAUAUUGCAUAUUAUU